UCUCUGUUGUUUGGUGACACACUAGCCGCUUCUCCCAAGUUCAAAAUUUGCUAAACGAAAACCUCUCCUCUCCCUCCGUUCUUCCUUCGCCACCGCUCUCCAUGAUCUCCGUUCCGUCGAGUUCCCCGAGAAAGAGGGACGUUCAAGAUCGACGCCUCAGCAUCUUCGACGUUUCCUCCGCCGACGAUUCGCUUCUCGAUGGAAACCCUCUCGACCACCAACAUUCAGAUUUGUUGUGCACUCCGAACUCGAAGAAGUUCGAAGACGCCGCCACCAAACUCCAGCAGUGGGACCACGAGCCUCACUCCAACGAUUCAUCUGGAACCGGAAAACCUAAGAAAAACAGCAAGUGCAAUCUGCGCAAGAGCUUGGCCUGGGAUAGUGCCUUUUUCACCAGCGCUGGGGUUUUGGAUGCUGAGGAAUUGUCUAGCAUAAUUGAGGGCGUUGAGAAGCAUGAAUUAGCGGAUAUACAAGAGGAUGUGUACAAGUCGUGUGAGUCAAUAUCUACUUUAGCCAGUGAUAGCUUGACCUUUGAAAGUGUGGAGAUGGAGGGUGAUUUGUUUGAGGAUGUAAGAGCUUCAAUUCAGAAAUCUAGCAAAAAGUCCUGCCCUGCAGUUACAAACACCAAAGUGCCUCCCUCCCCUAGGGCGCUUCCAGGAUUUCAUACUCAUGACACUUCAAAAAAGGUUGGCGUGGUUUCUCGCAACAAGAUGAAGGCCCCGCUUGCUUCUAAGAAUCCAAGUGCUGGCAUGCAAGGAUUUGGGAAGAUGACGAAGAAGGAUAAUACUAUUUUUCCACAACUUCCACAGAAGCCUGCUGCUACAAGAAGAGAGUCAUCUAUUUUAAAGCAAUCGAAGGUACUAGGAAAGUCUAGUUCAAGUUCCACAAUUUCUUCCAAGAGAGAAUCACUGGGCAAUCUACAUGUCAAAAGUGAUAGGGACAAGGCAAAACGAAUAGUUGGUGAUAGAGUCAGUUCAGUGACAAAAGCAUCUGUUAUUGGAAGUUCUCGAGGCAUUGUACCUAAGCCCUCACUACCCUCCAAAUCACCUUCUGGUCCACCAGUAUCAACCAGGACUAAAUCCGUGACUUCCAUCUCUUCUGCAGUCAAAACACCUUCGAGAAAAAAAGCAGAAAGUCUUUCAAGCUUGAUGUCUGCCACAAAGCUUUCUCCUAGUAUUUCACCUGCUAGCUCUAUCAGUGACUGGUCUUCAUCGGAGUCAUCCUCUUCAACUUCUAUGGCUAAGCGGGUGUGUAAUAAUAGUUCAAGGUCCAGCCUUGAUAGUGACUCAAGCAGAAAAGUUUCAUUGGACACUGAUGCAGAUCAAGGUACAAAUUCUCGGAUUCCUCAGAGUGAUUCACACUUAGAAAAGCCAGAGGCACAACAUAUUGGGUUUACUAGUGAAAAGCAAAGGACUACUCCUGGAGCGACAGUUCUUCCUCCAACUCACAAGAAACCUUCAGGCCUUCGACUACCUUCACCUAAAAUUGGUUUCUUUGAUGGGGUGAAGCCCUUAGUGCGCACUCCACGUGGGGGACUGCAACCACGCUCUGUUGUACCUGGUGGCUUGCCAAAACAUGGAGCAGAGAGUCCAAGAGAAGGCCAAAACAAAGCUGAAGUUGGAAAGGUGGAUCCAUCUAGAUCUAUCGUGUCAAUUGAAAAUACAAAACCCAAUUACCAACAAGCUCCACAUCCAAAUACUUUGCAUGCAUCAUUAGAUGUUCCAAUCAAGACAUCUGGUUGUGUGCAGAAUGUCAAAAGCUCUUCUGACAUACCCAUGGGUGCUGCUGAAAAUGCAUCACUCUUCCAUGUGGUGGAGAAUGCUCAUCAUGACUUGCUACCACAUAAGGGUGUCAAUAACCUGGAAAAUGCUCAUCUUGAUAAUCAAAUUGAUUGUUUGAGCAAACAAGUUGGACAUAUGGACCUAAACUUUGAGACACAGGAAAAGUUGAAUGGUGAUUCCCUUUCUUUCUUGCAGACUGGUAUCAACUCCCUAGACAAAUCCAGUAGUCUGGAGUUAUCUGGUCACAAAAAGCUUAUUGAUUGUCCUAAGAAAGGGGAAUUAUUAAAGGGUUCAUCUACUACAUGUUUGUCUGUCUCCCCAACCAACUUUGAUGUGGCAGCUUCAAUAAGGACCCCGUUUACGGUCAAGGAUUCCUUUUGCAACAUGGAUGGCGUUGUCUUUACAGAAUCAACAAUUUCAGAGGCAAAAUCGACUAACUUGAUUGUGCCCGAGAGCAUUGUUAUGAAAGAAAACUAGUGAGCUUGUGUAAUUUAAGUUGAACUUGAUCUUUUAGUUUACUGCUUUAUUCUAAAAGUGCAACCCAUAUAAGUCUUGAUCUUAAUGUACUCUGACCAAGUCAUGAAUGGAAAAUCUUUUUCAUCUUUGAA